AUGGCUAGUACAAGUAACACUGAUACACCUUUUUUUCAUAACUUAAAAGAAUUUCCACCUAUAAUAGAUGGAAGAAUUAAUCUUACAAAUUUCUUAGCUGCUGCAAAUGACUUGGUAUUACUGGUUGAACGUCUCGGGAAAUUGUUCGCGCCUGUAAAAUAUGACAUGCAAGGAAACAUUGAUAAAAUAGCAAAGUUCUUCGAAUUUGAUGAGACAUCAUGUUUACUAGAAGUAAUGCUUGACGAAGUUAAUAGUGGCAAAUGCACCGGCACCGAAGGAGUUUUAUGGCUCAAUAGAGCUAUAUUGUUCUUUGAAAUAAUAUUUCAAGAGAUUUUAAAAUGCCUUCAAGCCAAUGAACAGGAUAUAAACAUGACAAAAAUAUAUAUAAUAGCAUAUGAGGAAUCUGUAAAAAAAUACCAUAACUGGAUUACACAACAACUGUUUGCUCUCAUCUGCAAAAUGUCUCCAACAUAUAGUCAAAUAAUGAAAUCACUAGAAGUUGACAAGGAUGUUAGAGGAUUUGAAUUAAGAUUAACAAGUUUCAAUAACAAACUACAUUUGGUUAGAUAUAAAAUAGAUGACUGUUUCAAAGAGCAUAAUUUAUUUCAAUAA